GGCCUGCGCCUGCGGAGGACUCGGGCGGUGGGUCGCAGCGGGUGGCGCUGGCGGCAGGCUGCGCUCCGCGAUGGUGGGCGUCCCUGGAGCAGCCGCCUUCCAGCCUAGCAUUGUUCUGACUGCAUGGAGUGGAUGUACUACUGAACCAGGUGUUUUACUUCAGCUGUACCAUCUGUGGGAGCAGGUGGACAGAGCCUCUGUCAUCAGGAAAACACAGCUGUUGGUUGUGAGAAAAGGGUGCCAGCAAUGCCUGGAUCGCCUGUGGAAGUGAAGAUACAGUCAAGAUCCUCACCUCCCGUCAUGCCACCCCUCCCACCAAUAAAUCCCGGAGGACCGAGGCCAGUGUCCUUUACUCCUACAGCAUUAAGCAAUGGCAUCAACCAUUCCCCUCCUACCCUGAAUGGUGCCCCAUCACCACCACAGAGAUUCAGCAAUGGUCCUGCCUCUUCCACGUCCUCUGCACUAACAAAUCAACAGUUGCCAGCUACUUGUGGUGCCCGGCAGCUCAGCAAGUUGAAACGCUUUCUCACUACUCUGCAGCAGUUCGGCAAUGACAUCUCACCUGAGAUUGGCGAGAAGGUUCGGACUCUUGUUCUAGCAUUGGUGAACUCAACAGUGACAAUUGAAGAAUUCCAUUGCAAGCUCCAAGAGGCUACAAACUUUCCUCUUCGUCCAUUUGUAAUUCCGUUUCUCAAGGCCAACCUGCCCCUGCUGCAGCGAGAACUGCUGCACUGUGCCAGGGCUGCCAAGCAGACCCCAUCCCAGUACUUGGCUCAGCACGAGCACCUUCUGCUCAACACCAGUAUCGCAUCUCCUGCUGACUCUUCUGAACUGCUUAUGGAGGUUCAUGGAAAUGGGAAGAGGCCCAGUCCAGAAAGGAGGGAAGAGAAUAGUUUUGAAAGAGAUACAGUUCCUCCUGAACCACCUGCCAAGAGAGUGUGUACUAUCAGCCCUGCUCCCCGGCACAGUCCUGCCCUCACUGUGCCCCUCAUGAAUCCUGGGGGCCAGUUCCAUCCUACCCCACCACCUCUUCAGCACUAUACUUUAGAAGACAUUGCAACUUCUCACCUUUAUCGGGAACCCAACAAGAUGCUAGAACACCGAGAAGUUCGUGAGAGGCACCACAAUCUUAGUCUGAAUGGAGGCUAUCAAGAUGAGUUGGUAGACCACCGUUUGACAGAAAGGGAAUGGGCUGAUGAAUGGAAACAUCUUGACCAUGCCCUGAACUGCAUUAUGGAAAUGGUAGAGAAAACGAGGCGCUCCAUGGCGGUUCUCAGGCGCUGUCAGGAGUCUGAUCGUGAAGAACUCAACUAUUGGAAAAGGCGAUUUAAUGAAAACACAGAGAUGAGGAAAACUGGGACUGAGCUGGUCUCCAGACAGCACAGCCCCGGCAGCACAGAUUCGCUCAGUAAUGAUUCUCAGCGGGAAUUCACCAGUAGGCCAGGAACAGGAUAUGUACCUGUGGAGUUUUGGAAGAAAACAGAAGAAGCUGUGAAUAAGGUGAAGAUUCAGGCCAUGUCAGAGGUGCAGAAGGCUGUAGCUGAGGCGGAGCAAAAAGCUUUUGAAGUGAUUGCAACGGAGAGGGCUCGAAUGGAACAAACCAUAGCAGAUGUCAAAAGGCAGGCUGCAGAAGAUGCUUUCCUGGUCAUCAAUGAGCAAGAAGAGUCCACAGAGAAAAUUGUUGUUCAAGCUUCCUAUGUGGAUGUAUGGUCUUCAGAAGAUAGUUGUGAGACCUGGGACAGGGGACAUGUGCCCAUGAUCCUGGCAUUUGGGAGGGAGAAGCAGGAGGAUCAGGAGUUCAAGGUCAUCCUCAGAGGACUCAGCCACAGAACUGCUGGAACUGUGGCCGAAAAGCCAGUGAGACCUGCAGUGGCUGCAAUAUUGCGCGCUACUGUGGGUCCUUCUGCCAGCACAAGGACUGGGAGCGUCACCACCGCCUCUGUGGCCAGAGUCUGCACGGCCACAGUCCCCACAGCCAGAGCCGGCCACUGCUCCCCGGAGGGCGGGGCUCAGCCAGGUCUGCUGACUGCAGUGUGCCCAGCCCAGCCCUGGACAAGACCUCAGCCACCACCUCACGGUCCUCAACACCUGCCUCUGUGACAGCCAUCGAUGCCAAUGGACUCUGAGCCACGGGCUCCGCCCGCCCUGAUGACCACUCCACAUGGCAGAAUGCUCGCACCGGGGAGCUGGCAAUUAGAACAAGUAGCCAUUGAGUCAUCAGCAAGAAACGGAUUGGCAGGAAGCAUCCAGGAGGCACUCCACAGCUUCUGUAGGAUUGGCCACGUGCCCUGGGAGAACUAGUGUGUCAGUCUCUGCACAUAGGAAGUAGCUCGAGCUGCCUCCUCCAUGGCUUUCCUGACGUUUCUCUUCCAGCUAAAACUGGCAUAGCCGGCCCUUCCUAGUGUAGACCACCAGCUUCCUCUGACUCCUUGCAUCAGCAGAUUGUCUCUAGUGUCCCACCAGGCACCUGUGCCCCAUACCAUCCAUAGUAGAGGCCUGAAGGCCGGCAGCAGGCUAAGGGAGGAGACCUUGCCUCCCCCUGCCUCCAGUUUCUUGAGCCUCAUCUCCACCCUCAAAAGACACUGAUUGGUCUAACAGACUCGAGUAGCCAAAAAGCAGUACUCAGGACUCCUUCCUGAGCCACUCAGACCUGCUAAAUGCUCAGACAUGCCACAAAGAAGCCACUACUUCAGUAAAGUCUCUAGCAAUGGUAAUAAAUUAAAGCAGUCUUCCCCAAGCAUCAUAGAUAAUUCUGGACAAGAUAUUCCAACCUGGCCAGCUCCAUUAGUUUGGAACCCAUCCUCCAACUCCUGUCUUUCACUUGAUUUUGCUUGUGCAGAAAAUAAUCUCCAUCGCAUGGAUUGGUCUGAAAGAGGAUGAAACCAUUGUGUUAGUCGUUUCUCUGAGCAUGUUGGCCAAACUAAACUAUUGAGUGCACCACCUCUCGGAAAUGCAAAACUCUCUGCUGCUGCUUGACUGUUCGAACAGUCGUCUUGUUCUGUGUGUCCUUUGCUCUCUCAGACUGUGCAUGUCUGGAUCACUGCGGGUAUCUCUUGCCCAUGGGUUCUGUUUGGCACCUGUCAGGCUACAGUUUGAGCAGUGCUCCUGACCCUGGUGGGAUUAUCACACCUGGUUUUGUGGCAUUACACCCCUUCAUGGGUUCAUUAUCAGGUGAACAUUCUCAGCCUCCUUUUUCUGUGUUAUGUGUUUGAUAGCAUCCCUCACAGCUCAGAAAGAGUUUGUGAAGUGUGGGAACCAUUUUGAAAAGCCUGACUGGUUUUUCUUCCCAUCUUCAGGGAUUUUUUCCAAAAACCUGAUUCUCCAAAUAGAACAUCAUCUGUACCCUAUUUAUCAGGCUAAGUACUGCCAUUUGAGUUUUGUUAGGUGCCCGAGGACCUUGCCCCUACCACUCAUUGUCUUCCAGCAUCCUCUUGCCCUGUACAGUCAAUUUUGGGAUGAGUCAUUGACUUGAUCCUGUUGGCUUUUGGAAGCUGUGGUCACCUUCUGUACAAUGACCAAGCCUGAAUACUAGCCCUUGCCCCAUAAAGGCAUGGAUAGCAUUGUCCUUACAUACAGUUACAACUGAUUUUAAGAUUUUUGAGUCCCUUCAGGGCGGUGGUGACACACACCUUCAAUCCCAGCACUUGGGAGGCAGAGGCAGGUGGAUCUCUGAGUUUGAGGCCAGCCUGGUCUACAGAGCUAGUUCCAGGACAGUUAGGGCUACACAGAGAAACCUCGUCUCAAAAAAAAAAAAAAGGAAGAAAAGAAAAAGAAAAAGAAUUAAGAUUUUUGAGUCCCUACCUUAUUUGAACAAGGAUUUUCAGUCUUAGAAAGACUUAGACCUUUAAAAUCAUGUUUCAGCAUAGAAUACCCAAGACCCACUGCUUGUCAGACAGCCUAGUACAGCCUGACCUCCCUGGCCACAUCCCCAUCAGCCUGCUGUUAUAGUAUCCUAGCUACUGGGGACAACUUUGAUUUUCUAGGUGGAGUCAGGGCUGUGUCAUGAGAGGAUCCCAGGCUUCUGGGAGUCUGAGAAUGUCUACUGGUGUGCUCUGGGUCCAUUAUUCAUUAGUAAAUUGGAUGAACACCCAAGUUAAAAUCUUGCGGCCACAGGACUAUUCCAGAUAGUUAGAAUAAAGAGCUGGACCCAGCAUACUACUCCUUAUCAGGUUGGAGAUCAGUUUCUACAGCAAAGGUUUGGGGUGAGAGCCUGGCAUACUUUCGCAGGCUACAUGGUUGUCCUGACAGAUUCUCAGUUUCUAUGGUCCUGUUUGGGAACUACGUGGCUUCUGUGCCCUGCCUAGGUUUGUCUGUUGACCUAGACAAUACUUGACCCUAUAUAGUUCACAGUUCUCAGACCUGUCACUGUCUCGACUCUGGUCAGCCUCACUCUUAAGUGGCAUCUGCUUAGGACUUGCUUUUCAGAGUCAAGGAGUUCCUUUCUGCAGUUCUCCAAUUCCUUCCUAGUCAGGAGGAGCAGCAUCAUCUGGGGUAGGAGCUGGAGUUACAUGAGUGAGUCCUGGCUCCCCACUUCAUUUCUAGUCAGCUAAUAUGACCCGUUGCUAGGCUGCAAAGUGAACAUAAAGCUUCCAUUCAUCCCACUAAGACAGAAAAGAGGAAACAGCUGAGUCAGUCUACUCAGAGGUCUGGCUUCUGCAGUAACUAUUUGGGAACAAAAAAGAUCAGGACUUUAUCAUCCUUUACCAAGUGAGAUAAAAUUGCAGGAACCAGACAACACCAAAAGGUAGCCAGACUGGAGUUACACAGUCAUUUCUCACUCCAGCCAAUGGUGAAGACUUGGUGGGUAGGACACCGUGGAAGCUAGGUUGAGAUGUGGCAUAUUUGGUAAUGUGGCUAGCAUGCAGAAGUCCUGGAUCUGAUUCCCAGUAUGACAUAAGCCAGCCAUGGUGGUGCAUAUCUGUAAUCUCAGCAUUUGGGAGGUGGAAGCAGGAGGACCAGAAGUUUAAGGUCAUCCUUAGCUACAUAGCAAUUCCAAGGCCAGCCUGAGUUACCUAAGACCUAUCUCAACAAGAAGACACAUUGACGAAGGGUCCCUGCAGGAGCUCCAUCAGAUUGGCUCAUGCCGACAGGUGGUGGUAAGGGCACAGGCUGAGUGGUUUUUCCCUGAGGCACUAAGUCACAUGCUGCCAUCUAUCUGUGCAGAAACAACAUUGCCCCCCCCCCCCAGGUCUGCUCAGGGCAUUGGCUCUUCUGCAGUGUAGACUCUUACCCAUUUGAUCCCCCGGAAGUGAUUCACAUCUUGAUGUCCACUCUAGCUAGCAUCUUUAGCUUCCAGAGGGGAUAUCUACAUUUUAGUUUGUCCUAAAAGAUGAAGUGACCCAUACCUGCUUAUAGAAUGUGAGGACAUUUUUCUGAGUGAUUCUGGAACCUAUCUCAGCAAGUAUGUGAGGACUCACAGGACUGCAAGUGUAUGGUAGUGGGUUCUUCCCGGAGCAUAAGGAAUGAGCAGAUGGCCAUCGUCCUGGAAACUGCAGACGGGAUUGUGGGUUGAAUAAACCAUUACAAAUAGGACACAUCUUGAGGCUUUCUUCAGAACUGGACUAGAACCAAGGUUUCCAGGCUCCUGGCACAGGAGACUAAGCCAGUGUGCUUUGAUUAAUGCUAGCUGUUUGCAAAGAACUGGGUGGUGGCAUGUUUGAACCAAAUGUGAGAAAAACCAGAAGGAACUGAGCUGGCCAUUGUGGGCCAGGUGGCCAGCUGUGGAAGAUCCUUGACCCGGCAGCUGCUGAGCAGAGCCUGCCCACUCAAGUAUAUUCCUUGUAAAGCCAAAAUGCUGAACUACCUGCUUCUGUCUUAUGUGUUGACACCCAUUUCCAAAGAUGAUGGAGUAAGUGUGAACCAGGAGGAGGUUGAGGUGGUAGGUGGUGAUUCGCCCCUCCCAACUCUCCUUCCACAGCCCAGGAGGUGAUGUUUCCCACUCAGACCACAUCUUAUCCGGCCUCCAGAUGCCCAGUGUAAACUGUCAGUGCUUAUACCAAAUAGGGCAUGUGCAGCUGGUGUCUGUCAGGGACAGCCCAGUCCCUGCCUUGUAGUUGCCAGGGAGAAGCUGCAACAGUUGUUCGGAGAAUGGCUGAAAGGGCUGUUUGAUACAAGGCCUUCGUUCCAUUCCUGUGGCUUUCCAAGUUCCUGAUGAGGCUACAACGGCUCCAUCCCUACAGAAAACCAAUAAUGUAAAUAGAAAGCCAAGCCUUCAAGCAUGGUUUGCAGAGGUGGGUGAUGAAUGUGAAGCCACCUGCAGGACACAUUUGAGUCUGGUUUUUCUGUGCUUUGUCAUUUGACUCAAUAGGAACUUUUGUUACUUAACUCUGUGCAUAACUUAUUUAAUGUACUGUAUAAAUGAACCAAAACUGUUAAAUACGUAUUUAGUUUGUUCUACUUAAAGUAGUGAAUAAAAAUGCUAUAUUCCUUUUCUGACUCAA